CGUGUGGCGGGGCCUUUGUCUCUCGCACCCGCCAGAAGUUGGGAUCCGUCUCUGCUGUUCCGCUCUUCCACCUCGGUAUCCACCCCAACUCCGUGACUUUGUCACAGCUUCCGUUGCCCUGUGAUCUGCAGGUCCUGGGAGACGCAGAGCUAAGAUGCCAGGACAUCCUGGAAGCUGGGAAAUGAUGGAUUGGUGCCUCUCAGAUCAAGGUUCAGCACACCUGUGAGACUGUGAUUUUACUGAGGAGACACAGUCUGCAGAAGAGAUUGAGGCUGUUAUGCAUGGAUUCAUCUACACUGAGAUUGUGACUUCUGUACUUAAACCCAACAUCCAAAUGGGACCAUUGACAUUUAUGGAUGUGGCCAUAGAAUUCUGUCUGGAGGAGUGGCAAUGCCUGGACACUGCACAGCAGAAUUUAUAUAGGAAUGUGAUGUUAGAGAACUACAGAAACCUGGUCUUCCUGGUUAUGUGUUCUCAUUUUGCCCAAGACUUUUGGCCAGAGCAACAUCUAAAAGAUCCUUUCCAAAAAGUGACACUAAGAUAUAAAAACUGUGAACAUAAAAAUUUAUAUUUAAAAAAAGACUGUAAAAGUGUGGAUGAGUGUAAGGUGCACAGAGAAGGUUAUAAUGGAUUUAACCAAUGCUUGCCAACUACCCAGAGAAAAACAUUUCUAUCUGAUAAAUGUGUGAAAGCCUUUCAUAAAUUUUCAAAUUCAAACAGACAUCAGAUAAGCCAUACUGAAAAAAAACUUUUCAAAUGUAAAGAAUGUGGCAAAUCAUUUUGCAUGCUUUCACAUCUAACUCAACAUAAAAUAAUUCAUACCAGAGUGAAUUUCUGCAAAUGUGAAAAAUGUGGAAAAGCCUUUAAGUGGCCUUCAAUCAUCACUAAACGUAAGAGAAUUUGUAGUGCGGAGAAACCCUACACAUGUGAUAAAUGUGGAAAAGCCUUGAACAGGUCCUCACGCCUUACUACACAUAAAAAAAUUGAUACUGGACACAAACUCUACAAAUGUGAAGAAUGUGGCAAAGCCUUUAACUGGCCCUCAACUCUUACUAAGCAUCAGAGAAUUCAUACAGGAGAGAAACCCUACACAUGUGAAGAAUGUGGCAAAGCCUUUAACCAGUUCUCAAACCUUACUACACAUAAGAGAAUCCAUACUGCAGAGAAAUUCUACAAAUGUACAGAAUGUGGUGAAGCUUUUAGCCGGUCCUCAAACCUUACUAAACAUAAGAAAAUUCAUACUGAAAAGAAACCUUACAAAUGUGAAGAAUGUGGCAAAGCUUUUAAGUGGUCCUCAAAGCUUACCGAACAUAAGUUAACUCAUACUGGAGAGAAACCCUACAAAUGUGAAGAAUGUGGCAAAGCCUUUAACUGGCCCUCAACCCUGACUAAACAUAACAGAAUUCAUACUGGAGAGAAACCCUACAAAUGUGAAGAAUGUGGCAAGGCCUUUAAUCAGUUCUCAAAUCUUACUACACAUAAGAGAAUUCAUACUGCAGAGAAACCCUACAAAUGUGAAGAAUGCGGGAAAGCUUUUAGCCGGUCCUCAAACCUUACUAAACAUAAGAAAAUUCACAUUGAAAAGAAACCCUACAAAUGUGAAGAAUGUGGCAAAGCUUUUAAGUGGUCCUCAAAGCUUACCGAACAUAAGAUAACUCAUACUGGGGAGAAACCCUACAAAUGUGAAGAAUGUGGCAAAGCUUUUAACCAUUUCUCAAUUCUUACCAAACAUAAGAGAAUUCACACUGGAGAGAAACCCUACAAGUGUGAAGAAUGUGGCAAAGCUUUUACCCAAUCCUCAAACCUUACUACACAUAAGAAAAUUCAUACUGGAGAGAAAUUAUACAAAUGUGAAGAAUGUGGCAAAGCUUUUACCCAAUCUUCAAACCUUACUACACAUAAAAAAAUUCAUACUGGAGGAAAACCCUACAAAUGUGAAGAAUGCGGCAAAGCUUUUAACCAGUUCUCAACUCUUAGUAAACAUAAGAUAAUUCACACUGAAGAGAAACCCUACAAAUGUGAAAAAUGUGGCAAAGCCUUUAAGUGGUCCUCAACCCUUACUAAACAUAAGAAGAUUCAUACUGGAGAGAAACCCUACAAAUGUGAAGAAUGUGGCAAAGCUUUUAAACUAUCCUCAACCCUUUCUACACAUAAGAUUAUUCAUACUGGAGAGAAACCCUUCAAAUGUGAAAAAUGUGGUAAAGCUUUUAACCGAUCCUCAAACCUUAUUGAACAUAAAAAAAUUCAUACUGGAGACCAACCCUACAAAUGUGAUCAGUGUGGCAAAGCAUUUAACUAUUCCUCACACCUUAAUACACAUAAAAGAAUUCAUACUAAAGAGCAACCCUAUAAAUGUAAAGAAUGUGGCAAAGCUUUCAACCAAUAUUCAAACCUUACUACACAUAACAGAAUUCAUGCUGGAGAGAAACUCAACAAACCUGAAUGUGACAGUGAUUUCAACAACACCGCAAACUUUAUAAAAUAUAAAUUAUACUGGUGUGAAAUCCUAGAAAUGUAAAGAAUGUGACAAAGCCUUUAAAUGGUUGUCACACUUGAUUGUAGGUAAGGUCAUAUAUAUUGGAGUAAACAACUACAAGUAUGAAGAACGUGGCAAAACUUUUAAUUCUCAUACCUUAUUGUAUGGGAAAUAAUUUUUAUUUCAGAAAAGGUGUACACACAGAAGAAUGGAAAAACCGUUAAUAUCUGCUCAUAUCUUACUCAACAUUAGAGUCUGCACUUAAUAAAACCAUUAUAAAUG